ACGUUAACCCCGCCCCUUCAGUGCUCAGCGUUGUUUAGGGACAUUAGGAAGAUGGCGGCUGCCCCGCUAUACUGUGUCUGCCGGCGGCCCUAUGAUGUUAACCGGUUUAUGAUCGAAUGCGACAUUUGUAAGGACUGGUUUCACGGCAGUUGUGUUCAGGUAGUGGAGCACCAUGCUGCUGAUAUCGAUGUUUAUCACUGUCCCAACUGUGAGCCCAUCCACGGACCCUCCAUGAUGAAAAAACAUAACAACUGGCACAGGCAUGACUACACAGAGCCAAAUGAUGGCACACGCCCCGUCCAGGCAGGAACUGCUGUGUUUGUGCAGGAACUCCAGGCCAGGAGCUUUGCCAGUGGCAAUGAGAUUCUGGUGCCAAUGCAUGGGAGUCAGGUGACCCAAAGCUUCCUGGAGAGGGAGGGCUUCCGUUACCCCAUAGUGGUGCAUGACCUGGAUGGACUGGGUCUUAAACUGCCCUCUCCUUCUUUCUCUGUCAGCGAUGUGGAGCAUUAUGUUGGUGCAAAUAAAGUCAUCGACGUUAUUGAUGUCGCAAGACAGGCAGACAGCAAGCUGAAGCUGGGAGAGUUUGUGAAAUAUUACUAUCAACCUGAAAAGGCCAAAGUUUUGAAUGUUAUCAGCCUGGAGUUCUCUGAUACAAAGAUGGCUGAUUUGGUGGAGGUUCCUGAAAUAGCACAGAAGAUGUCCUGGGUGGAGAACUACUGGCCUGACGACUCGUUCUUCCCCAAACCAUUUGUGCAGAAGUAUUGUCUCAUGGGAAUGAAAAACAGUUACACAGACUUCCACAUCGACUUUGGAGGAACUUCAGUGUGGUAUCAUGUUCUUUGGGGAGAGAAGAUUUUCUACUUGAUCAAGCCAACUAAGGCUAACCUUGCACUAUAUGAGUCCUGGAGCUCGUCACCCAAUCAGAGCGAAGUAUUCUUUGGGGAAAAAGUCGACAAGUGUUACAAAUGUGUGGUGAAGCAGGGAACUACCAUAUUCCUCCCCACUGGUUGGAUCCAUGCAGUGCUCACUUCUCAGGACUCCAUGGCGUUUGGUGGGAACUUCCUGCAUAACUUAAACAUAGACAUGCAGCUCAGGUGUUAUGAGAUGGAACGAAGACUGAAGACUCCAGAUCUCUUUAAGUUCCCAUACUUUGAGGCCAUCUGCUGGUAUGUGGCCAAAAACCUUCUGGAGACCCUAAAAGAGCUGCGGGAGGAUAACUGUCAACCUCAGGAUUAUCUAGUGGACGGGGUGAAAGCUUUAAUCUCAUCACUGAAGACAUGGCUGAGGAGGGAGUUGACUCAACCUAACAGUGAGGUUCCAGACCAUAUCAGGCCAAGCCAUCUCAUUAAAGCUCUGACCAAGGAGAUCCGCCACCUGGAGGAUGAAUCGAAUAAAGCUGGAAAAUCUCAGGGAAGUGCUGAGUGCCCUUUAUCACGCUCAUCACUGGAGAAAGGAUAUCAGGCACGUUGUGCAGCUCGGCGGCUACGAGACCAUCAUCGUCGACACCACCACCACCACCAUCAUCAUCAUCACAGCCGCAAACUGCCCUCUAACUUGGACAUCCUGGAGCUUCACACGCUGGAGGUAUUAAAGAGACUGGAGGUCGGACCGCUUGAGGAGGACCCAGCCUUCAGCUCCAAAGUGAAUGGCAAGUUUAAGAAAGUGUCUUCAGUGUCUGCCGUAGCUGUUGAUGGUAAUCAUGACAACGCCCUGCGCCUGGUGCUAUGUAAUGGCAAAAUUGUGAGGGAGAGGUUAUCUAUCAGUAAUGUGGCAGCCAAAGUCAGUGAAGUGGAAAUGUUGCAGUACCAUCAACACAGGAUAAAAUUGGAAAGAAUGCCAAUGUGCCCACAAGAAAAAGUGAAAAAAGAAAAGCGAGAGGAUGAAUAUGGAGUACACUGCACUAUCAAGAAACCACUCAAUCAUGGUCUAACUGUGCAGACUGAACUCAGGACGGAGUCGCCACAUGUAGCAUCUUCAGACAGUGACUCUGAGUCAGAGGCAGAGGAUUCUGCUGAGAAACGCUCAUCAGAGUCAGAGAGUUCUGAGGAAGAGGAUGGAGGAAGCAAGAGAGACUCAGGGAGUUUUGUGGAGCAUCUGAGCGGCCGACCACACAGCCACAAUAAGCAAGCGUUAAAACGAGAACGUCCUACCUCACCGAGCACAGACUGCGCCAUUCAGGGCAUGCUGUCCAUGGCGGGGCUGCUGUGUCAGCAGGCAUCAGAAGGGGGUGAUAUUUUACAGCAGCAUUGGUGGUCCAGUCAGGGUAACAGUAACAGCAACAGCAGCAGUGACACGUGGGACAGCAGUGAACCCUGUUCGGCACCCCACAGCCCGGAGGGAGAAGAUGGGAGUCUUGGAGAGGAAUAUUCAUAUAGAGAGAGCUCACUUUCUCCUCCACUCCACCCCUCCAAAAGACACGCCCCCAACCCCACACCCAUCAGCAACCAGGCCACUAAAGGAAAGCGUCCUAAGAAAGGACAGGUGACAGCUAAACAGAGGCUUGGGAAAAUAUUGAAAAUGAGUCGCCAUAAAGGCUUAUUCCUGUAGCAUGAUGGAGCAAACAAUGAGACUAUGUGUAAUAAUUCAACACAGCUGCUUUUCUUUAUACGCUGGGAUUAUCAUCACACACACACACACACACACACACACACACACACACACACACACACACACACACACACUCUUACUCACUGUGCAUGUUUAGGUGACAGGGUAUGUUUAAUGGCUCACCUUUUCACCGAAUCGCACGCAAAACACAACACAUUAUCCAUCAACGCAGGCAAACCUGCUUUACCUUGGACAACAUUAAAACAGCCAAAAGUUUCAAGAGGAAGCACAGAAACGGAUGGUCGGAGGUCCAGCGUGUGUUCCAGGCAGGAAAACGAGCCGCAAGUGUGUAUCACGGGCUGAGGCCUCUCCUCUCCCCCACCCUACCUCUUCUCACACCUUUGUAGCAUGAGCGUCCAGGCGCUCGCAGGCCUCUAUGGCCUGACACUGGGACUGUUCCCAUUGAUCCUCAGAUUCCCCUCAAGUCAUUAUCAAUCUGCCUAUUUCUCUCUCCUUUUGAUUGUCUCAGGCUGAUGUAUGAGCUUUUGAAAUGGUGCUGAUUGUUUAUAAAUCCUUUUCCAGCCCCCUCUGCCCCUUUAAGCAAUAAUUGUACAGCAGUGAGUGAUGUAUUGAUGAUUUAGUGGGCCGCGCUUUUAGGAUGCGCAGGAAGUCCUCUCAUGGUGGAACCAUCAAAUGAAAUCAAAGAUAUAACUUACAUAAUUUGGCAGUGUUUAUACUUUUAAUUGGUCUUAAAUUCGCGAUUUAAAUGAAUAUUCUGGGGAUUUUUGUUCUGACAUUUUCAAAUUACACAGUUGUACCUUAGUUUAUACAAACAUAACGUUUAAAAAAGAACAAAAUGCGCUUGAAAUGUGUUUUGAAAGUGCAUCAGAUUGUCAACUUUUUUUUUUGGUAAUAUCCCGAAAGGUAGUGAAAACCCGGAAUAGUCCUUAUACACUGGCAAAAUUGAGGAAAAUCGUACAUUUAUUUGCCUCUGUCACAACCCAGUGGCCACAGAGAGGUACUGCAUCCUGGAGCGCCGCCUCUGAAAUACUGUAUGUGAUGUAGUUUGAGAAGACUAAAUAUGCUUGUCACGUGAUUGACAAUGAUCGUUAGCUCAUUCUGCAUAAUUUAUAUUCUAUUUGGUUUGUUUUAAAAUAUUUUUUGACUGGAUAACUUAUUUAUUAAUUUCAAAGAUAUAAGGAUUUAUAUUGCGUUCUUGAGUUUUCAGUUUGCAUUGAAUAGUUCUGUAAAUAUGAGUAUAAUUUCAAAUGUUACCAGUUUAAGAGGAAUGAGCUUUUGUUUAGCUUUAUGGAUUUUGUAGUUAACGCAUUUAAUGCUACUUCAAAAAUAAUUUGAAUGACUUUACCUGUUAAAUUUACCUCUGAAAUGUUAGCGCAUUAUUUGAAUAAUGUUAUCUUUAUGACCUGUUGAAACAGUGGGAACAAAAAAACAAAAAAACAAAAAAAACAAAAAAAAAAAUAGUGGUGCUUGUGUGUGAAUUUCUUAGAGAGGCUAUGAAACGUUUUCUCAGGGAACAUCAAACAGGUGACAUCUUUGAAUUCAUCACCAGCACCGUCAUACAAUCGCGUUUUGUACUUGUUUCCACAAACUUGCCAACAUAUGUACAUAUAAUCCCAGUUAUUUUUUUGUCUGGCGACUCUGCAAAUCCCAGAUUCAGAACAAAAUUGUGUCCUGCUGUAAAGUAUAUAAAAAUAACCUUGAGUUUGUAAGACGUUGUGAGAAUAGAACAGCACCAACAGAUUUUGAUCAGCUAUUCUUGACUGUUGUGUAACAAGUCUGUUGGUUCAAAAAGCAAAUGCACUAUUUUGAAUCUGCAUGACUUUGAGUUGGAUAACCGCUAAAACUCAGGCUUUGUUACGGUUUUGAGUUUUGCUCAUCUGCAUGCGUUUUGUGAUAAAAUGUUUCCACUCACUAACCUUCACGUAAACGGACGCCCUUUGAAAUUUUCAGCAUUCUAAGGAAAACGGCUCAUAUUUGAUCAAUCAAGCUGGUUUCCUUUGCUUUGAUGCAUUAAUUGUACAGUAUUUAUUAAGCUCUAGCAUUCAUUUCCAUAUUCAACUGUGGUAUAGACUUAAUGUCACUGUGUUUUCAAAAGCUGUGUUCUGUUCCUUCUCUUUAAUAGUUCUCUUUGAAAAGUUUUGGAUGUGAUGGACUUUCUCCAAUGCAAUGUGUAUGUAUAUAAGAUGAGGGAAAUGUUUUGUAGAUCACACUGUUUUCCCCCUUCCCUUUGCCAAGUGUUAAGUGAUAAAACACUGUUCUAUUGACAAA